AAUGAAAAUAAACUUAAGUUCUUUCGACUCGCUGCUGCCAAACAUCAGCACUUAUAUCGUCUUGCCAUGACUGGUGCUGGCAUUGACCGCCAUCUGUUCUGCCUUUAUGUCGUGUCCAAGUACCUUGCUGUAGAUUCUCCUUUCCUUAAGGAAGUUUUGUCAGAGCCUUGGAGGCUGUCAACGAGUCAGACACCACAGCAACACAUUGAUCUAAAGAAGAACCCUGAGAUGUUAUCCUGUGGCGGAGGAUUUGGACCGGUGGCUGAUGAUGGUUAUGGUGUUUCUUACAUUAUCUUGGAUGAAAAUUCCAUCCAUUUCCAUGUCUCCAGCAAAAUAUCUUGUUCUGAGACGGAUUCUUCUCGUUUUGGAAGAAACCUCCAAAAAGCACUGGUUGACAUCAUGGGUUUAUUUAACCUUACUGGGGAAGACCACUACGCCAUUGCCAACCACCUGCACGAGAAGGGCGAACUAUUAAAGCUGGGGAAAAUAGCUCCGGAAUGGGAACGUCUUGACCUUCUCAAACCCCUCCUGAGAGAUGCUCUCAGUCAAGUAGAGUUUCUGAAAGGUUCAGUAGAAAGAAGAAACAACGUAGGUCUUGCUUUAGGUGAGGUUUUUUUUCCUGAGAACUGCUGGAGUGUUCCUGUGAAACAGUCUGUCCACAAGGUAGUGGGUAGCACUGGUUUGAUCUUUACAGUGAAUAAUCCAUGGACUAUGAAUG